UUCUUUUAUUUUCUGUUGUUUCACAUUCACAGAUCACAAGCACAAAAGCCAACCUCAAUUCACCUAGAUCCAUUCUUUCUCUAUAUAUGUUGUUUCGGAUCUAACCUCCUCUUCCCUCUUCUGUUACACUCACUGCCAGCUCCACCUCACACGGUUGACACCACAUCGCCGAAACAUGCCUGGUCAAAAGGUUGAAACAGGUCAUCAAGACACCGUUCAUGAUGUUGCAAUGGAUUACUAUGGAAAACGGCUGGCUACAGCCUCGUCUGAUCACACCAUUAAGAUAAUUGGGGUGAGCAUCGCUGCCUCUCAGCAUUUAGCAACUCUCACUGGUCACCAAGGACCCGUCUGGCAGGUUGCAUGGGCUCACCCUAAAUUCGGUUCCCUACUUGCUUCCUGUUCCUAUGACGGGCGUGUUAUUUUGUGGAAGGAGGGCAAUCAAAAUGAAUGGACACAGGCCCAUGUCUUUGAUGAGCACAAGUCAUCAGUGAAUUCAGUGGCUUGGGCGCCUCAUGAGUUAGGCCUUUGCUUGGCUUGUGGUUCGUCGGAUGGGAACAUCUCGGUUUUCACUGCAAGGGCUGAUGGUGGCUGGGAUACUUCCAGGAUUGACCAAGCUCACCCUGUUGGUGUCACUUCUGUGUCAUGGGCUCCCUCGACCGCUCCCGGUGCUCUUGUUAGUGGUGGAUUGCUUGAUCCUGUGCAGAAGCUUUGCUCUGGUGGUUGUGAUAAUACUGUGAAGGUGUGGAAGCUCAACAAUGGGCUCUGGAAGAUGGACUGCUUCCCUGCUCUUCAGAUGCACACAGAUUGGGUUCGAGAUGUUGCUUGGGCACCCAAUUUGGGACUUCCUAAGUCUACAAUUGCAAGUGCUUCGCAGGAUGGUAAGGUGAUUAUAUGGACUGUGGCCAAGGAAGGAGAUCAAUGGGAAGGCAGGGUUUUGAAUGAUUUCAAGACCCCUGUUUGGAGGGCGUCCUGGUCACUGACUGGAAACAUAUUGGCUGUGGCUGAUGGAAACAACAAUGUUACAUUGUGGAAGGAAGCAGUUGACGGGGACUGGCAACAGGUGACGACUGUGGAACCGUAGAAUCUGAUCUUUGAUGUCUUGCUUGUUAUUUUGAGAUAAUGGUUAGAAAUUUCUUUUAAAAAAUAUAGCUGACAUUUUGUUUCCUUGCAUAUUAUAUUAUACAGUUGAGCAAUUGUGUUUGAUAAUAUUCUUAGUUCCUUGAA